AUGGCCCCCGGGCCGGCGCGGGCCGCGCUGCUCUGGCCGCUGCUGGUGGCCGGCGCGGCGGCGGCAGCGCUGGAGCUGGGGCCGGACGAGGCGGAGCGCGAGCGGGGCCGGGGCUGGGCGCGCUGCCAGGCCGUGGCCAUCCCCAUGUGCCGCGGCAUCGGCUACAACCUGACCCGCAUGCCCAACCUGCUGGGCCACGAGACGCAGGCCGAGGCGGCGGCCAAGCUGCACGAGUUCGCGCCGCUCGUGGAGUACGGCUGCCACGCGCACCUGCGCUUUUUCCUGUGCUCCCUCUACGCGCCCAUGUGCACCGACCAGGUGUCCGCGCCCAUCCCCGCGUGCCGGCCCAUGUGUGAACAAGCCCGCCGCCGCUGCGCGCCCGUCAUGGAGCAGUUCAGCUUCCCGUGGCCCGACGCCCUGGACUGCGCGCGCCUGCCCACGCCCAACGACCCCCACGCGCUCUGCAUGGAGGCGCCCGAGAACGCCACGGCCGGGCCCGCGCCCGCAGCCCCGGGGGGCGCCGCCACAGGCGGCCACGCCGGCCACCAGGGCCUGGGCAUGCUGCCCGUGGCGCCGCGCCCUCCCCGGCCCGCGCCGGGCCCCGGGCCCGGCGCCCCCUCCUGCGAGAACCCCGACAAGUUCCAGUACGUGGCGAAGAGUCGCGCGUGCGCCCCCCGCUGCGCGCCCGGGGUCGAGGUCUUCUGGUCGGGGCGCGACAAGGACUUCGCCCUGGUGUGGAUGGCCGUGUGGUCGGCGCUGUGCUUCUUCUCCACGGCCUUCACCGUGCUCACCUUCCUGCUGGACCCGCACCGCUUCCAGUACCCCGAGCGGCCCAUCAUCUUCCUGUCCAUGUGCUACAACGUCUACUCGCUGGCCUUCCUGAUCCGCGCCGUGGCCGGGGCGCAGAGCGUGGCCUGCGACCACGAGGCCGGGGCCCUCUACGUGAUCCAGGAGGGCCUGGAGAACACGGGCUGCACGCUGGUCUUCCUGCUGCUGUACUACUUCGGCAUGGCCAGCUCCCUCUGGUGGGUGGUGCUCACCCUCACCUGGUUCCUGGCGGCCGGCAAGAAGUGGGGCCACGAGGCCAUCGAGGCGCACGGAGGCUACUUCCACAUGGCGGCCUGGGGGCUGCCCGCGCUCAAGACCAUCGUCAUCCUCACGCUGCGCAAGGUGGCGGGCGACGAGCUGACGGGGCUGUGCUACGUGGGCAGCGCCGACGCCAGCGCGCUCACGGGCUUCGUGCUGGUGCCCCUGUCCUGCUACCUGGUGCUGGGGACCAGCUUCCUGCUCACCGGCUUCGUGGCCCUCUUCCACAUCCGCAAGAUCAUGAAGACGGGGGGCACCAACACGGAGAAGCUGGAGAAGCUCAUGGUGAAGAUCGGCGUCUUCUCCAUCCUCUACACCGUGCCCGCCACCUGCGUCAUCGUCUGCUACGUCUACGAGCGGCUCAACAUGGACUACUGGCGCCUGCGGGCCACGGAGCAGCCCUGCGCCGCCGCCGCGCUCCCCGGGGGGCGCCGGGACUGCUCCCUGCGCGGCGGCUCCGUGCCCACCGUGGCCGUCUUCAUGCUGAAGAUCUUCAUGUCCCUCGUGGUGGGCAUCACCAGCGGCGUCUGGGUCUGGAGCUCCAAGACCUUCCAGACUUGGCAGAGCCUGUGCCACCGGAAACUGGCGGGGGGCCGGGCCAGGGGCAAGGGCUGCGGGGGGCCGGCGGGCUGCGGCCGCGGGCCGCACUGCCACUACAAGGCCCCGGCCGUGGUCCUCCACAUGACCAAGGCGGACCCGUACCUGGAGAACCCCACGCACCUCUAGAGUCGGGGCCCGGCCCCCCCCUCCCCCGCGAGCGGCCUCCCAGGCCCUCCCCCACCCCCUCCGGCGGGCCCGGCGCACACGCUGCCUGCCUUCUGG